GUUUACGUUACAUUGUGUACCUACCAACGUUGAGUAUUUCCAUUAAUAAUUUCCGCAUUGAUUUUCUCAUUAUUACUGUACCUUGACAUACUAAAUCGAGAUAAAAUAUAACCUACGAAGCAGUACAUUAAACAUUUUAAAUGGAAAACUUGAAAAACAUUUGGAAACCUGAGCUCUAUCGUAUCCAGAUGGAAGCUCCAUUACCGAAACGCUUGAUGUGUGAAAAUUGCCCUGAUAGACCUGAAUUUUACGGCAAGGAAUACCAUGGACUGAUAGGUCAUAAAGAGGCUACACUUUUGUUAGAAGGAGAGCCCAAUGGAGCUUUUCUGAUAAGAAAAGGAAAUCAAUGCAAUGACUUCUACACGUUGACUUGGAGAUUUGAUGACAAAAUACACCAUUAUAAACUAUACUAUGAUGGGACCCACUACAUAAAAGACAAGCGAUAUGAAACAGUGUAUGAUUUGGUGGCUGAUGGACUCAUCACUUGUCACAUGGAAUUGAAGGCUCAUCACAUCCUGGAGAUGAUUAACUCCCGGACAAGUUACACGGACAGUCCAUAUGUCACAUUGAAUAGGAGGAAAUUGAAUACAUUGUCUCAAAUGAAACAAAACUCAAACCGCUCAAGCCCAAUAGGUAAAAAGACUGAAACAAGAAAUAUAGAAGAUAUUGACAUUCCAAAAAAGCCAUCUUUUGAUCUCACACCAACAUUAGAAGACAACCCUCUUCUCAUUAAGUAUUCAAAGAGCCACAGCUUCAAAGUUCACACGUUCAAGGGACUGAACUGGUGUGAGCUUUGUGCUAACUUCCUAUGGGGAUUCACCGCUCAGGGAGUUAAAUGUGAAGACUGUGGUUUCAUAGCCCAUUCCAAGUGUUCCGAAAGGGUCCCGAACCAUUGCGUGCCAGAUCUGAAGAAGCUUCGAGGUGUGUUCGGUAUAGACCUGACCACUCUACUCAAUGCCCAUGCUAGCACUCUUCCGUUUGUAGUAAGGAAAUGUGUCAACGAGAUAGAAGCUAGGGGUAUGGAUUCAGAAGGCAUCUACAGGGUGUCUGGGUUUGCUGAUGAGAUUGAGGCGUUGAAAAUGGCCUUUGACAAAGAUGGCGAAGCAGCAGAUCUCAGUGUAUACAGCAACAUUAAUGUGGUAGCGGGGACGCUGAAACUCUACUUACGGUUGCUGCCUGUCCCGUUGGUUACGUACGAAGUGCAUCCCAAACUUGUUCAGGCCAUACAAACGAAAACAGCGGCGUCACAAAUAACUCUUUUGAGAGAAUGUCUGGAUCAGCUCCCGCCGGCACACUUCAACUGUUUGCAGUAUAUGGUACAGCAUUUGCAUAGGGUAUCACAAUACGCGGAAGUGAACAAGAUGAGCGCUCACAACCUUAGCACUGUAUUCGCGCCGACCCUUGUGGCCACGCCGCCCGCCAUCACGGACCUAGCCUUCGAAAUCAGGGCCUUACAAGCUCUAAUAGAGUACUGCCCGCAAAUUUAUUAUGGGAACAAGUAACUUUCCAAUAUGUAUUUGAGAAUAUCAAAUCAAAAACUUAAGGUCACAGUUCCAUUAAAUUAACUAUUUAGCAAGUACUCAUAGCAAGUGAAUAUAGUUACUGGCCACAUAGUAUUUAAGAGUUUUAGUGGAGGUCAAAAUAAGUCUGAUUUAUUUUAAUACAUACUCGUAAUUUUGUUUAUAGGUGCUAAAACGAGGCUUUGCCUGCAAACAAAAGCAUUAUUGUUUUGCCAGGUAUUUUGACAUUUUAUGCAUUUAUGUUUUUUUUUACAAGGAAUCUACCAAGUUUGGUAUUUUAUAUACAUAUUAUUUACAUAUUUGUCACCUUAAAAAGAAUGUUAACGUAGGUACCAACUGAAGUUAAAUAAAAUUACCUAUUUUAGAUUACAUGUUAAAUAUUAAUUAUAGCCCACUCCAUCAGAAUGUAUUAUGUUUAGUAUUAAUGUAUCAUUUUAAUCUUGUGCAAUAAAUUGGCUAAGAAUAAGAAGAGUGCAUUUUCUUAAAAUAUUUUUUACGCUGUUAUUUAUAUCAAAUUGUGAUAAAAUAAUGAGAAAUUCGAUCUUUAUAAAAGAUUACUUUAGAACCAUUCCAGGUUGUGUUUUGAUAAGUAUAGUAAUUGUAAUAUUAUAUGAUGCAGCAAUUUUUUACUUUUGUAUUGAUAAGAUGUAAUAAGUAUAUGACAAUUAUAA